AUGGAUGAAAGGUUCAACAAGUGGCUGCUGACGCCGGUGCUCACUCUCCUCUUCGUGGUCAUCAUGUACCAGUACGUGUCCCCCUCCUGCACCAGCUCCUGCGCCAACUUCGGGGAGCAGCCCCGCGCGGGGGAGGCCGGACAGCCGGCCGCCCCGAGUCCCGCCCGCCGGGCACAGGCGCCGCCGGAGGAGUGGGAGCGGCGGCCCCAGCUGCCCCCGCCACCCCGGGGGCCGCCCGAGGGCCCUCGGGGGGCCGCGGCGCCGGAGGACGAGGACGAGGAGCUCGGGGAGCCGGAGGAGGAAGAAGAGGAGGAGGAAGAGGAGCCGGACCCCGAGGCCCCCGAGAAUGGCUCCCUGCCCCGGUUCGUGCCGCGCUUUAACUUCACCCUGAAGGACCUGACCCGCUUCGUGGAUUUCAAUAUCAAAGGGCGCGACGUGAUUGUGUUCUUGCACAUCCAGAAGACCGGGGGCACCACGUUCGGCCGGCACCUUGUGAAGAACAUCCGGCUGGAGCAGCCGUGUAGCUGCAAAGCGGGCCAGAAGAAGUGCACCUGCCACCGGCCGGGCAAGAAGGAGACGUGGCUCUUCUCCCGCUUCUCCACCGGCUGGAGCUGCGGGCUGCAUGCCGACUGGACGGAGCUCACCAACUGCGUGCCGGCCAUCAUGGAGAAGAAAGACUGUCCCCGCAACCACAGCCACACCAGGAAUUUCUAUUACAUCACCAUGUUACGGGAUCCAGUGUCGCGUUACCUGAGUGAGUGGAAACACGUCCAGAGAGGGGCCACGUGGAAAACCUCCCUCCACAUGUGUGAUGGGAGAAGCCCCACCCCUGAUGAGCUGCCUACCUGCUACCCUGGGGACGACUGGUCUGGGGUCAGCUUGCGGGAGUUCAUGGACUGCACCUACAACCUGGCCAACAACCGCCAGGUGCGCAUGCUGGCCGACCUGAGCCUGGUGGGCUGCUACAACUUGACUUUCAUGAAUGAGAGCGAGAGAAACACCAUCCUGUUGCAGAGCGCGAAAAACAACCUGAAGAACAUGGCCUUCUUUGGGCUCACGGAAUUCCAGAGGAAGACUCAGUUUCUCUUUGAGAGGACAUUCAACCUCAAGUUUAUCUCCCCCUUCACGCAGUUCAACAUCACGCGGGCUUCCAACGUGGACAUCAACGAGGGCGCCCGCCAGCGCAUCGAGGAGCUCAACUUCCUGGACAUGCAGCUUUACGAGUACGCGAAGGAUCUCUUCCAGCAGCGCUACCACCACACCAAGCAGCUAGAGCACCAGAGGGACCGGCAAAAGAGGCGGGAGGGGCGCAGGCUGCAGCGGGAGCACAGGGGCCACCGGUGGCCCAAGGAGGAUGGGAACGCAGACGGGGCGGUCACCGAGGACUACAACAGCCAGGUGGUGAGAUGGUGACC